UGUUUCAUUGUAUGUUUGAUAGUUUUAAAAAUGUAGUUGGACUGUGUUUGUAACUGAAAAUUGUUGCUUUGUAUUUGUCAUUUAUCGAAUAAAAAAGUUUCAAUUUCAUGUAACUCACUUCAGAAUUCUGUGUUUGUUUAAAUAUAACAAAGUUCUGUGCAUUUUCGAAAUCAUCAUUUAACGGAAAAUACGAUUUAUUUAAAAUAUUAUGAAACCAAAUGAUCAUGUAAAAACAGCAAUUCGCUGGCGGCCACCACCAAUCAAUGAGAACCGAGAUGUUGUCAUUGAAAAACUCGACGAAAAUAUCAUCGGCCUCGAUAAUGGGGCAAUAUUCUCUUAUGACCAUUUAUUUGUCGACUCCAAUCAAUCUGAGCUGUUUGACGUGCUCGUGAAGCCACUAAUUGAUGUGGCUAUAAAAGGAUUCAACACUACUUUGUGUGCUUAUGGACAAACUGGCUCGGGUAAAACGUAUACCAUGGGAUUUGAACGCAGUGUAAGUUUCAUUCAAUAGACGAACCAUGUACACUAGGGUGUUUCCCAUACCUGCAAAUAAAAAAAUGGGUGUUCUCAAUUAAAAGAGCGUAAAAUUCUGUGCUAAGUGAUAGCAUUCACAGAACGUAUCGAUUGCUAUUACGACUUCCCGAAGCAAAAGAAAAACCAUAUAUAUGGUCCAAAUAGCAAUCGCUCCGUGUACUGUAAUUAUCAUCGAAACUGUUGAUAUCAGAUACUUACAAUGGAAAAACACCACUUAAUAGGUGCGUCAGGCAAAGCCUACUAUACCACAGCUUCAGGCAUAGCGGAAAGUAACAAAGUGUUACCGUAUAAAUUUUUAAAUUAAUUUUAUUAAAUGGCUAGCUGAUGCUUAAUACUGAUUGUUUUGAGCUGCAGGCGCUGGUCUCUGUAAUGUCUUGGGUAUCUCCAGGUCAAACAGC